UCGUUUCGAACGCACACGCGGUGCAGCAUGGGAAUUAAAAUGGAAGGUGAGAGACAACGCAACACAAUCUUGUGUCGUUCUGAGGAAUUGUGAGCUUUAAUAGUUGCGCUGAGGAAAUCAACACAAUGCAGAGGUUGAUUUUGUUUAGCAGUGCGUUCAGAAGCGGACUUCACGCGCGCUGUUUUCGCUGCUCGAGACUUGAGAAUGCGUGCUGGACUCAGCUUAGAAAACACUCUCAAGAUCAACCCAGCGAUGGUCGAGUACACUUUAGCUGUUACAGUUUACCGCACAGGACUCUCAUCAAUGUGUCCGGGCAAGACACGAGCUCAUUUCUUCAAGGAAUAAUAACCAAUGACAUGUUACUCCUGGAAGAGGACGCAGUGCGCGCGAUGUAUGCUCACAUCCUCAAUGUUCAAGGCAGGACACUGUACGACAUCAUCCUUUACAGUUUAAAAGGGAACCCAGAUGGAUUUAAUGGCGUGCUUCUGGAGUGUGACCGAACUGUACAGGACUCGGUCAUGCAGCUUCUGAAGGUUUACAAGAUACGUCGCAAAGUAAACUUCAGCUUGUGUCCCAGUCUCUCGCUGUGGGCUCUGUUACCUCCAAAUAAAGCUGCAGGACCGGGGCAGUCAAAGCCGGAUGUUACUGCAGCAGAUAAAGUGUUAGUACUGGAGCCAGACCCAAGAACUGAACUCAUGGGCUGGAGGAUGGUCACUAGCGGUCAGAAUAAGCCACAGGAGCUCGUCUCUGCUUGUCGAGAGGGCAACACUGAAGAAUACCACAGGCAUCGCUAUGAAAUCGGACUGCCUGAAGGAGUGAAAGACCUUCCUCCAGGCGAGGCUCUUCCGCUGGAGUCUAACCUUGUCUACAUGCAGGGAAUUAGCUUCAGAAAGGGAUGCUACAUCGGACAGGAGCUGACUGCCAGAACUCACCACACUGGUGUGAUAAGGAAGCGCCUGAUGCCUGUCACCAUGUCUGCUCCGGCCGAGACCCUGGACCAAGGUGCCGCUCUUGAGACUGAGGGGGGCAAGCCAGCUGGGAAACACAGGGCAGGACUGGACACGCUGGGACUGAGCCUCGUACGCUUGGCUCAUGCCAAAGAGCCACUAAAACUGAAAUCCUCCGAUGGAGUGACGGUGACUUUAAAGGCUACUGUACCUGACUGGUGGCCAAAAAACAGUAAAGAUUAAUCAAUCCGCAACACUAGGAAGGUCAAAGGCCCGCUUGAGUGAAUUGUGAUGCAGAUAAUAUUUAUUUAGCUAAUUAUAAAAAUGACUUUCACACAGAAAUCUGAUGAUGAUGUUUUAGUUGACACCUUGAAAUAAAAUGUA